AUGACUACCACAGUCGAGAACGCUUCCACGGAUAUGAUAGCAGUCGGUGAUGAGGUUUUAAAAGAUAUGCUGGAGCUGUGUGAUCGUGGCGAAGAAGGUUGGAAGGAGCUAUGGAGCGACGAUGGAAUUUUUUUCCACACAAGAAAGGGCACCGAUACCUGUGCUGUGGAUAUCGUUCGAUGUCGCUUGAUCCUUGAGGAAACUGAUCUGGCAACAGUGAAGGCUAUGGUAACACCAUGGCUUCCUUACCGCAUCCAGUGGGACGAUAUCUUGCAGGUACGGAAAUGCGAACUAGUGCAAGAACUUGACAAAGGCUAUCGUUUGGUUCACCAUGUCACCAAGAAGAGGUUCCCGCUUUCUGCUAGGGACUCGGUGGACAUAGUGGGCACAAUUCUUGAGCCAAAUCGAGUGAUAAUGGUUGCAAGAAGCAUUCCGACAGCUGCACCAGCUCCAACGCCAGAUAUAGUGCGCACUUAUCAGCAUAUCGGUGGAUAUUGUUUCUGUACCAAAGGAGAACAUGACAUCGAAUUCACAAUGUUUUUCCAAUGUGACCUGAAAGUGUCGGCCCCUGUCUUUGUCCAGAAACUCAUCGACAAAGCAAAGCCAAGAUUUAUGUGCGAUAAAGUGAAAUCACUACGCCGUGCCAUCAAAACAAUGCAUAUCGAUCCGGAACAUCUGGAAAAGUGGUGA